CUCAGCGAAGGUUUGCUUUCACUGAAAGUGUUUUCAAUAUUUCUCCUUUCAGAAGACCAAAGAAAAUUCAUCGUGUAAGUAAGAUACAGAUCUCCCUAGCAAAAUAGAAAGAUAUCUAUAUCUGGAGAACGGGAACCAAUGCUUAGCACAGCAGCUUCUUGGACAUCCUUUUAUCUCUCCAAGUCCCAUUUCGUACGCUUUAAGCUAUAACAUCACUUCAGAUAAGCUUGACGCUGAAAAAGAUAAAGGGACAAAUCAAAAUGGCUGUGGUGAUGGAGAUGAGUAUUUAGUUUGGAAGCUCGUUGGCUCAGGACGAGAAAUCUGAUUUCGAAAGUGAAGAGGAAGUCAUAACCACAAACGAUUUAAAAGAGGAUUGAAAGUGUUCUCGGUAAUCUUUCUAUAUGCAGAUGGAGUAUUGUGAGAAGAGUACUCUAAGGAAUGCUAUUGACGAGGGAUAGUACAUGGACCAACAGAGAAUGUGGCGGUUUCUUCGUGAGAUUGUAGAAGGAUUAGUUCACGUUCAUUCACAGGCUAAAUCUUAAGGAUAUGGCCAGUCAGGGAGAUAAAACGGCUGCAAAAGACGAAGGCGAUCAAAAAUCGACGCCAUCAAAUGCAGAAGUUGCUCCACCGUUGUUGUCAAAUGUAAAAGCAACUGAAGAUGGUGGAAAACAUCGAAAAAGACGAGGACAACUUGCACAAAAGGACUCAAGACCUAUACAACCGUCUGGCCCUGUGCAACCGCGGAGUAAAAGUGUCACGCUUAUUUCUGGCGAAAGUUUAAAAGAAAGGCAGAAGAUAUUAAAAACUUUAAAAGAAAAACGAAAGGCCGUGAUUGACGCUAGACAUCAGUUCUUGUUUACAAAGAUUGCUGAUGUUGUUGGGCUUGAUGUUCCCACUGUUGAGGAUUUCAUUUUGGGGGAUGCUAAGUAUGAAGAUAUAGAAGAUUUCUUCAAAGCUGAUGGCUCUAAAGCAAUCUUGUUCCUAUUUCAAGAAGCAACGAUGAACCGUCCAGACCUCAGUACACAUGCAGCAAAUUCAACCAAGAAAUUAUUUAUUGCUGAUCGUGCUAAUGAGCAUGUAAGUGGUAUGUGUCUCUUCUUCCUGCGUACAAAUCUCAAACCAAUUACUGUAUCCAAUGUUGGUCAGGAGGUAAAUUUCAUGAUGCUUGAUGCAACAAAUGGUCGUCUUCUUGAAGGUUUUGAAAAGUUGUUAGGCAACAUUAUGGUACCUGCUUUAAAAAAUCAAAAGCAAUGGGGUCAAUUAUCAAAUGAGAAAUCUUCCAUUCAAGAAUUUCUUGAAAGCUUAGAGAAAUUUGUCGGUAUCUUAACCGGAGCGAAAAACAACAUGCAAGGAAGAGUAAAACUGAGUGAAAAUGGUUUGAAUGAUUUACUCGACAGUUUAAACACGCCAACAGAUUUUCUUGCUGCAGCAAAGAGUCCUGAGACUGUUGAUAAACUUGAGGGUCUUGUUGCAGUCUGGGCAAAGGAAAUUGAAUUGGUUUUGGCUAAAAGUGAACAGCUCCGUAAAGAAUCAGACGACAUUGGACCAUCUGCUGAACUUGAUCACUGGAAACAGAGAAUGGCGAAAUUUAACAGUUUGUUAGAUGAAAUAAAGAGCCGCCACUGCAAGGCUGCCAUUGGUGUUCUUCAUGCUGCUAAAUCAAAAAGUUUGAAACAUUGGAAAGAACUGGACAGUCGUAUAACAGACGCUGCCAAUGAAGCCAAGGAUAACGUGAAAUAUCUUUAUACUUUGGAUAAAUUUUUCGGUCCGCUCGUCAAGUGUUCACCUACUGAAAUGACAGAGUAUGUUCCCAGUCUUAUGAACUCCAUUCGAAUGAUUCACACGAUAUCUCAGUAUUACAACACAUCCGAAAGAAUGACGUCAUUAUUUGUAAAAGUCACUAAUCAAAUGAUUUCAACAUGCAAAGCUUACAUAAAUAAAGACGUCAGCAGAAUAUGGGAUUUACCAAGAGAGACUUUGUCCGCACGGUUACAUGAAGCUGUAAAACUCAACGAAGUUUAUCAAAUUUCAUUUCAAAAAACGAAGAACAAACUGAAAGAAACACAAUGUGAACGACAAUUUGAGUUCAGUGAGAACUAUAUUUUUGGUAAAUUUGACGCGUUCUGUCGACGUUUAGGGAAACUUGACGACAUGUUAAUUGCAAUGGAGAACUUGUCUGGAUUACAAAAAAUCAAAAUCGAGGGUAUUGAAACUAUUGUUGUAAGAUAUCAGACGAUGGUUGCGACUGUCAAGAAGAAAACGUAUGAUCUACUGGAUCAUCGUAAGGGAGAAUUCGAUACUGACUACUACGAGUUCAAGCAAAGUGUUGAAGCAUUAAAAGAACAGUUGCAGCUGUUUGUUGAUUCGUGGUUUGAUAAAUCUUUAUCAACGACCCGCGCCCUAGAGCUUCUUGGGAAGUUUGAGAAUAUCAGUGGCGUGGUCCUGUAUCUUAAUGAUAAAUAUGACAAAGUGUUAAUGCAGUAUAGAAAAGAUCUUGAGACUUGCAAGAAAAUAUAUCAGAAGUUUAAACAUGAUCCUCCCAUUCAAAGGAACCUGCCUCCUGUUGCUGGGAAGAUCACGUGGUGUCGUCAAUUAUUCCGUCGUAUACAUGAACCAAUGAGAGUGUUUCAUAGAUAUCCUGACGUCUUGAAGGGUGAUGAGGCUAAAAGAAUUGUAAGGAACUAUAAUAGAAUGGCGUCAGUAUUAGUUGAAUUUGAGGUUUUGUAUCAUCGUAGUUGGAUGAAUGCUGUCGACAUAGCUCGUUGUGGCAUGCAAGCAUCUUUAUUGGUUCUCCAUCCAGAUACGAAGAAAAUCUUCGUGAAUUUUGAUCCCCAAAUCCUCGAGUUGAUCCGAGAAUGUCGUUGCAUGCGACGUUUGGGUCUUGAGGUUCCUGAAAGUGCUCAAGUUUUGUGGAUGAGAGAAAAUGCGAUCAAGUCAGCUUACAAUCGAUUGGUAGAACUACUUCAAGAAUAUGAUAAGGUUGUCGAGAAUAUCCCUGAAAUUGUCCUGCCUUUAAUGAAACCAUUUAUCAAUAAAGUUGAAGAUACCAUUAAACCUGGGCUCACAAUGUUGAGCUGGACAUCUUUGAACAUUGAAGGAUUUAUUGAUAACAUCAACAAUUCUCUUGCGGGACUGAAACGUUUAACGAAAGAGGUGACAGACAUUUUGGAUUGUCGUAUUGAGGCUGUUCUUGAAGAUAUCAGUUUAACAUGUUUGUGUGAGAUACCUGAAGAUGAUUCAAUCACCGUGGAAGAUUUCCUUAAAAGAACCGAAGAUACUUGUUCUGAUGUCAUUGUUUCACUCUCAAGACAAAGUCGUCUUGUGGAGUCUGCUGUUGACCUAUUGCUCACGACGUUAAAAGAUCGUCUGGUAGGUCAAGAUACUUUAGGUCUUGAAGGUGAUUUGUACCGUUGUCUUGUCCCUGAAGCGAAACAAGUAAAAGGUAGUAAAGGCAGUCGUUGCUGGGAAUGUAUGCCAUGCUCAUAUUGGAAUCUCGUUGUGUUCUUCAAUCAGAAGACUAUUGACGCUAUGGUUAAAUGUACUCGGAUCUCGUUAGACUUCAUCAAACGUUAUGUGCAAUCUUCUAGUAAAUAUAUAAGUGAUUUGUCGCAGGAAAAUGCCAAACAGCCGCUUUUUAAGGCUGAGAUCAUUUUGGCAAUUCCUACUGUACAAAUGAAGCCAAGCGUUGACGAUAUACAACAUGUAUUGAAUAGAGCUGUUCAAAUCAUGUUGAAGACUACAAUGCAAGUGUAUCAAUGGGAGAAACAUGAUAUUAUUCAUCAACCGCCAGCUCCUGUUGUCGAAGAAGGAAAACCAAUACCUCCUGUUGUCAUCAAGUCAUUGUAUAGACUUGUCUCUGAACAUAAAGAUGUCGUAAAGGUCGUCAUUGUUCUUAACUCCAUCAUCAGCUCAUUCAAAAUGGACGCCAAACAAGUCCUUACUGGCAUGGGACAAUUUGAAGAAUUGUGGAAUGAAGAUCCUAAUACAAAAGUUCAAGAAUUUAUUGCAGCGGAACCUUUGUUGUCUGACUUUGAAGCUCAAAUACGUUACUAUCAGGAGCUAGAAAUGUCUGUGGAAGAGUUACCAGCAAGUUAUACAGUUGGAUCAAUUAUUUAUUCAACCGAACCUCUUAAACGAGCUCUAGUUACAGAGACGAAGGCCUGGAAACAAGCAUUUGGUAAAGCUCUUGCAGACAAAGCAAGUGCUGAUAUGGAGGGUAUAUUUACCUUCUUUGAUAAUAUGUGUAAACGCUUAUCGCGACCAAUCAAAGAUCUUGAUGAUGUCCGUAACACAAUGGCUGCCUUACGGGAGGUCCGAGAGUCCGAAAUCAAGAUUGAUAUGACCAUUGGACCUAUUGAAGAAUCGUUCGCAUUACUAAACAAGUACGGCCUUCAUUACUCCAGUCAUGAUUCAGAAAGAGUGGACAGUCUCACAUAUUCAUGGAAAAAAGUCAACACACAGGCAUCAGCUGUUCAGACACAUUUACUUGAGAUUGAACCUGAAUAUAAGAUGAACUUAUUGAAUGCUGUUGAAACAUAUAAAGAAACAAUGGUCACAUUUGUUGAUGAUUACGAUGAUAAGGGUCCAAUGGUACUUGGAAUUCCACCGAGUGAAGCGAGCGAUCGCUUGCAAAUAUUCCAGGCGAGAUUUGAUGAAUUAUGGAGGAAAUAUCAAACAUAUUCUGGUGGCGAAGAACUUUUCGGAUUGCCAGUUACCGAGUAUGAAGAAUUGCAAAGAAUUAAACGGGAACUGGGUCUUUUACAGAAACUUUACAGUCUUUAUAACUCCGUCAUCGAGAAUGUGAAUGGAUAUCAAGAUAUCCUUUGGUCAGAUAUUGAUGUUGAGAAAAUCAAUGGAGAACUAUUAGAGUAUCAAACUAGGAUUCGUAAGCUACCCAAAGCUCUAAAAGAAUGGCAAGCGUUCCUUGAUUUGAAGAAGACGAUCGAUGAUUUCAGUGAAUCAUGUCCAUUAUUGGAAAUGAUGGCACACAAGGCGAUGAAAGCGCGUCAUUGGGAGAGAAUAUCUAACGUCACAAAGACAUCACUUGAAGUCGAGUCCGAGACAUUUUCGUUAAGAAAUCUAAUGAGUGCACCUCUUCUAGAGAACAAAGAAGAUAUUGAGGAUAUAUGUAUAGCCGCCGUAAAAGAGAAAGACAUCGAGGCAAAGUUAAAAGGAGUUGUCGCCGACUGGAAUACUCAGAUUUUCAGCUUUGGUUCAUUUAAAAGUCGCGGAGAGUUUUUAUUGAAGGGUGGUGAAACUUCAGAAAUUGUAUCCCUGAUGGAGGAUAGCUUGAUGGUAUUGGGAUCUUUGAUGAGCAAUAGGUAUAAUGCACCAUUUAAAGCUGAAAUUCAAAAAUGGGUUGCAAAACUCACUGGUUCUACGGAGAUCAUAGAGAAUUGGUUGGUUGUACAGAAUCUCUGGGUAUAUCUCGAAGCUGUAUUUGUUGGGGGAGAUAUUGCAAAACAACUACCACAGGAAGCAAAACGUUUUUCUCAGAUCGAUAAAUCGUGGGUAAAGAUAAUGCAACGUGCUCACGAAACACCAAAUGUUGUACAAUGUUGUGUUGGUGAUGAUACUUUAGGACAAUUAUUGCCACAUUUAUUGGAACAAUUAGAGAUGUGUCAGAAAUCUUUAAGUGGAUAUCUUGAGAAGAAACGUCUGCUGUUUCCUCGAUUCUUCUUCGUAUCCGAUCCAGCAUUACUUGAAAUUCUUGGCCAAGCUAGUGACUCGCACACCAUACAGGCUCAUCUUUUAAGUGUUUUUGAUAAUCUCAAGACCGUCAGCUUUGAUGAGAAAGAUUAUGAUAAAAUUCUCGCCAUCAAUUCAUCUGAAGGAGAGCAAAUCCCGCUGGAGAAACCAAUUAUGGCUCAGGGUAACGUUGAACAAUGGUUGUUGGCAUUAUUAAAUGCAGCCCAAGGAGCAUUACAUGCAGUUAUUAGAAUGGCGUCUGUCGCUAUUAAAGAUCCUGUGUUUAAAUUGCUCGAGUUUAUGGACACGUUUCCUGCUCAGGUUGGACUUCUGGGUAUUCAAAUGAUAUGGACACGUGACUCAGAAGAUGCACUUGCAAAUGCUAAAUCAGAUAAAAAGAUUAUGGUUCAAAGAAAUCAAUAUUUCUUGGACAUGCUGAACGAACUUAUUGACGUAACGACACGAGAACUUACGAAGAUGGAACGAACUAGAUACGAGACACUUGUUACCAUUCACGUUCAUCAACGAGAUAUCUUUGAUGAGUUGGUAAAGAAAAACAUCAAGUCACCAUCAGACUUUGAAUGGUUAAAACAAUCAAGAUUUUAUUUCAAAGAAGAUACAGAUCAAUGUAUUGUUUCCAUUACCGAUGUCGACUUCAUUUAUCAAAACGAAUUCCUUGGUUGUACUGAUCGACUCGUCAUCACACCGCUGACCGAUCGAUGUUACAUUACGCUAUCGCAGGCUCUUGGUAUGUCCAUGGGUGGUGCGCCUGCAGGACCUGCUGGUACAGGGAAAACGGAAACGACAAAAGAUAUGGGAAAAGCCUUGGGAAAGUAUGUCGUUGUAUUUAACUGUUCUGAUCAAAUGGAUUACAGAGGUCUGGGGAGAAUUUACAAAGGUCUAGCUCAGUCGGGUAGCUGGGGAUGUUUUGAUGAAUUCAAUCGUAUUGAGUUGCCUGUAUUAUCAGUAGCUGCUCAACAAAUUUAUAUUGUAUUAACGGCAAAGAAAGAAAGAAAGUCGCAGUUCAUCUUCACUGAUGGUGAUGUCGUCGAUCUAGAUCCAGAGUUUGGUAUAUUUCUUACCAUGAAUCCUGGUUACGCUGGUAGACAAGAACUUCCCGAAAAUCUUAAAAUUCAAUUUCGAACGGUUGCGAUGAUGGUGCCGGAUAGACAGAUUAUCAUGCGUGUUAAACUUGCAUCAUGUGGUUUCCAACAGAAUGUUGUUCUUGCCAGGAAAUUUUAUACUUUAUAUAAACUGUGCGAGGAACAACUUACUAAACAGGUUCAUUAUGAUUUUGGUUUAAGAAACAUUCUUUCGGUAUUAAGAACUCUUGGCGCCUCAAAACGAGCCAAUCCCGAGGACGGUGAAGACAAGAUCGUAAUGAGAGUUCUUCGUGAUAUGAAUCUAAGUAAACUUGUGGACGAAGAUGAACCUUUAUUCUUAAGUUUAAUCGACGAUCUCUUUCCUGGUCUUACUCUUCUAAAGGCUGGAUAUCCUGACAUUGAACAAGCCAUAGCCGAGGCUGUAGAGGAAGCGAAACUCGUCAACCACGCACCUUGGGUAUUGAAACUUAUACAGUUAUACGAAACUCAACGCGUACGUCACGGUAUGAUGACCCUGGGACCGAGUGGUGCCGGCAAAACCAAGUGCAUCAAUAUGUUAAUGAAGGCGAUGACUCAAUGUGGAGCACCUCAUAAAGAAUUUCGAAUGAAUCCUAAAGCCAUAACAGCUCCACAGAUGUUUGGACGUUUAGAUGUGUCGACUAACGACUGGACUGAUGGAAUAUUCUCAACACUAUGGAGAAAAACACUUCGGGCAAAAAAGAGCGAUCAUAUAUGGCUUGUUCUUGAUGGCCCCGUUGAUGCCAUAUGGAUUGAGAAUUUAAACAGUGUAUUGGAUGAUAACAAAACCUUGACAUUAGCAAAUGGUGAUCGUAUACCAAUGGCUCCAAACUGUAAGAUUAUUUUUGAACCUCAUAAUAUCGACAAUGCUUCUCCAGCAACGGUCUCUAGGAACGGUAUGGUGUACAUGAGUUCAUCGAUACUUGAUUGGAAACCUAUAUUACAAGGUUGGCUUAAUACUCGCUCGAUCAUUGAAGGUGAUGUUCUCAUGCCUCUGUUUGAAAGAGUUUUUUCUGACCUUAGACGUUAUGUACAACAGAAUCUCGUACCUAAAAUGGAUUUAUUAGAAUGUAAUCACGUGACACAAGCGAUCAAUCUCCUGCAAGGUCUUAUUCCCGGUGAGGAUGCCCCAAAACAAGCUGAUGCUGCAUAUUUAGAGAAACUAUUUGUGUUCUCAUUGAUGUGGAGUAUUGGAGCGAUACUUGAGCUUGCUGAUAGGAAGAAAAUGGAAGAAUGGUUGCUGGAGAAUGCUAAAGAUUUAAAUCUACCUCCUGUAAAAAAUGAAGAGACGAUCUUUGAAUAUUUGGUAAAUGAACAAGGACAAUGGGAACAUUGGCACAACAGGGUGGAAGUAUACCAGUAUCCAACGGAUUCUGUGCCUGAAUAUGCAUCCAUUUUGGUUCCUAACGUCGAUAAUGUACGAACUGACUUUCUUAUUCAUACCAUUGCAAAACAAGGGAAGGCUGUGUUAUUGAUUGGUGAACAAGGUACAGCUAAGACCGUAAUGAUUCAAGGAAACUGUGGUAAAUAUGAUCCAGAAGUUCAUCUUUCAAAAUCAAUGAACUUUUCUUCGGCAACAACACCUAACAUGUUUCAGAGAACUAUAGAGAGCUAUGUCGACAAGAGAAUGGGAACGACUUACGGUCCUCCUGCCGGAAAGAAAAUGACUGUUUUUAUUGACGAUGUUAACAUGCCUAUCAUCAACGAGUGGGGAGAUCAGAUAACUAAUGAAAUAGUUCGUCAACUAAUGGAGAUGAAUGGUUUUUAUAAUCUUGAUAAACCUGGCGAUUUUACCAACAUUGUCGAUAUACAAUAUAUUGCUGCAAUGAUCCAACCUGGUGGUGGACGUAACGAUAUUCCUAGUCGAUUAAAAAGACAAUUUACCGUAUUUAACUGUACACUGCCUUCUGAUGCAUCCAUUGAUAAAAUCUUCAUGACCAUUGGAGAAGGAUAUUUCUGUGAGGAACGAGGAUUUGAUUCUGAGCUACGCAACAGCGUUAAACAACUUGUAUCUUUAACAAGAAAACUCUGGCAGAGAACCAAAGUCAAAAUGUUACCCACACCUGCAAAGUUUCAUUACAUUUUCAAUCUUAGAGAUCUCAGUCGUAUUUGGCAGGGUAUACUGAACGUCAAAUCAGAAGUUCUUGUAGACAACAACAUCUUACUUCAUUUGUGGAAACAUGAAUGUCAACGAGUGAUAGCAGAUCGAUUUACCAAUCAAACAGACAAAGAUUGGUUCGAGAAAGCCAUCCGUACUCUUGUAGAAGAAGAACUUGGUCCGGAAAUGGUCGAGAUCAUUCAAGUUGAUGAUUAUUUUGUAGAUUUCUUGCGAGACGCUCCAGAAAUCACAGGUGAUGAACCCGAUGAUGCUGAUUUCGAUGCACCUAAAGUGUAUGAAUCUAUUGGAACCUUUGAAAAUCUUAAUGACCGACUUAAGAUGUUUAUGGCAAGUUAUAAUGAAGCAAUCCGUGGAGGCCAUUUGGAUCUUGUCUUCUUUCGAGACGCGAUGAUUCAUUUGGUGAAAAUCUCUCGUAUCAUACGAACACCACGUGGUAACGCUUUGUUGGUUGGUGUUGGUGGUUCUGGUAAACAGAGUUUAACAAGAUUGGCAUCAUUUAUUGCUGGUUACAAAACUUUUCAGAUAACAUUAUCAAGAUCAUACAACACGACUAAUCUCAUGGAUGAUUUGAAAGUUCUCUAUCGUACCGCUGGACAACAGGGUUGCGGUAUCACCUUCAUCUUUACCGACAACGAAAUUAAGGACGAGGCUUUUCUUGAAUAUAUGAACAACGUCAUCGCUUCCGGGAGGUAUUUUUCUCCUGUAUCAAAUCUCUUUGCACGUGACGAGAUUGAUGAAAUCACGCAAGAAUUAAUUUCACCAAUGAAAAAAGAGUUUCCAAGACGACCACCAACCAAUGAGAAUCUUUAUGAUUAUUUCAUAACUCGCGUGAGAAAUAAUCUACAUAUUGUAUUGUGUUUUUCUCCGGUCGGUGAAAAGUUUCGUAAUCGUUCUCUUAAAUUUCCUGGUUUAUUCAGUGGCUGUACAAUGGACUGGUUCAGCAGCUGGCCAAAAGAUGCCUUGAUUGCAGUCGCAGAUUAUUUCCUAUCUUCUUUUGAAAUUUCUUGUUCGGCAGAAAUCAAACAAGCCGUCGUCAACACCAUGGGAAUGUUCCAGGAUAAAGUAGCUGCAACUUGCAUCGAAUAUUUUGAACGAUUUCGUCGUCAAAUGCAUGUAACACCCAAAUCAUACCUGUCUUUCAUCGCCGGUUACAAAGAGAUCUAUAAAGAAAAAUACAGUGCAAUAGGUAUUCUCGCUGACCGUAUGAACACUGGAUUGAAUAAGUUGGUUGAAGCGACCGAAUCUGUUGCCAAACUGUCGGAGGAACUUGUAGUAAAAGAGAAGGAGUUGGCUGUAGCUUCUGUUAAAGCGGAUAAAGUGUUACAGGAAGUUACAGUUAGUGCUCAAGCCGCCGAGAAAGUCAAAUCACAAGUUCAAAAAGUCAAAGAUAAAGCUCAGGCGAUUGUCGAUGAAAUUGAAGUAGACAAAGCAUUUGCCCAAAAGAAACUUGAAGCAGCCAAGCCUGCACUAGCUGAAGCCGAGGCAGCUCUUCAGACGAUCAAACCUGCUCAUAUUUCGACUGUCCGUAAACUGGCGAAACCUCCGCAUCUGAUCAUGCGCAUUAUGGACUGCGUAUUGAUUCUCUUUGGUAAACGUGUGGAUACCGUGAGUGCAGAUCCUGAGAGACCUUGUGUAAAACCUUCAUGGGGAGAGUCAUUGAAGUUAAUGAGUCAAGGUGGAUUUUUACAAACAUUGCUGACUUUUCCUAAGGAUAUGAUCAAUGAGGAGACUGUUGAAUUGCUUUCACCAUAUCUUGAAAUGGAAGAUUAUACCUUAGAGAGUGCAAAGAAAGUCUGUGGUGAUGUUGCUGGUCUUGCAUCAUGGACAAAGGCCAUGGCUUUCUUCUAUGGAGUCAAUAAGGAAGUUUUACCUUUAAAGGCAAACCUUGUCGUACAAGAAGCAAGACUACAAAAGGCGACAUCUGAACUGAAUGCUGCUCAGGAACAACUCGACGAUAAGCAACGUGAAUUAGACGCUGUACAAGCGAAAUUUGACGAAGCAAUGAGAGAAAAACAGAUGUUGAUUGACGAUGCCGAAGCAUGUCGUCGUAAAAUGUCUAAUGCAACAGCACUUAUUGAAGGUCUUGGUGGAGAAAAGGUCAGAUGGACGGAGCAAAGCAGGAGAUUUGCAGAACAGAUACGACGCUUGGUUGGUGAUGUUUUACUGGCUACUGGCUUUCUCUCUUACUCCGGACCUUUCAAUCAAGAGUUUAGAAAUCUCCUUCUCUCCAACUGGAAAAACAUGAUGAAGAGGAAUAAAAUUCCUUUUUCCGAAGAUCUCAAUUUAACUGAAAUGCUGACAGAUUCUGCGACGAUUGGUGAAUGGAAUCUCCAAGGUCUUCCUAACGACGAACUCUCCAUACAAAACGGUAUCAUUGUUACCAAGGCGACAAGAUAUCCUUUGCUCAUUGAUCCGCAGGGUCAAGGUAAAGCUUGGAUAAAGAACAAAGAAGCUGCUCAAGACUUACAGGUGACAUCCUUAAACAACAAAUACUUCAGAAAUCAUCUUGAUGAUGCAUUGUCACUUGGGAAACCUUUAUUACUUCAAGAUGUUGGUGAAGAGCUUGAUCCUGUCCUGGAUAACAUCCUCGAAAAGAACUUUAUGAAAAGUGGAUCUACACUUAAGGUUAAAGUUGGGGAUAAAGAAGUUGAUGUAAUGGAGGGUUUUGUUCUUUAUAUAACGACCAAACUUGGCAAUCCAGCUUACACGCCAGAGAUCAGUGCAAAAACCUCAAUUAUUGACUUUACCGUGACUAUGAAAGGUUUAGAAGAUCAGUUGCUGGGUCGUGUGAUUCUUACUGAAAAACAGGAACUCGAGGCAGAACGUACGAAAUUAAUGGAGGAAGUAACAUCAAACAAACGUAAAAUGAAAGAUCUUGAAGAUAAUUUAUUGUAUCGUUUGACGAGCACUCAAGGAUCACUUGUUGACGAUGACUCUCUCAUAAGUGUACUGGGUAUUACAAAGACGACGUCGGAGGAAGUGAGUGAGAAACUUAUUGUUGCUGCUGAAACUGAAGUUAAGAUCAAUACAGCAAGAGAGGAAUACAGACCUGUUGCAUCACGUGGCAGUAUAUUGUAUUUCUUGAUCGUUGAAAUGUCCUAUGUUAACAUCAUGUAUCAAACAUCACUGAAGCAAUUUCUUGGUUUAUUUGAUAUCUCAAUGGCGCGAUCUCAAAAGUCUCCAAUUCCUGCCAAAAGAAUUCAGAAUAUCAUUGACUAUCUCACUUUUGAAGUCUUUAGAUAUACUACUCGUGGUCUUUACGAAAGUCAUAAAUUUCUCUUCACGUUGUUAUUGGCGUUAAAAAUUGAACUACAGGAUCGUAAAAUUAAACAAGACGAGUUUCAGGUGCUCAUCAAAGGGGGAGCUGCAUUGGAUCUCAAUGCUGUCCAACCAAAGCCGAAGAAAUGGAUUUCAGACAUGACUUGGUUGAAUCUUGUACAACUCAGUAAACUACAACAAUUCUCUCAAAUUAUUGGCCAGAUCUCUCGAAAUGACCGGAGUUGGAAAAAUUGGUUUGAUUCAGACAGUCCCGAAGAUAGUCCAAUACCUGAUGGUUAUGAAGAAUCAUUAGAUACAUUUCGAAAGCUUCUGUUAAUACGUUCAUGGUGUCCAGAUCGAACUUUGAGUCAGGCUAGACGUUAUAUUGCCGACUCCAUUGGUACUCAGUUUGCCGAGGGAGUCAUUCUAAAUUUGGAAGGAAUGUGGGAAGAAAGUGAUCCUAGAAUACCAAUGGUUUGUUUACUUUCUAUGGGUUCCGAUCCAACCGCUUCCAUUGAGCUGCUCUCGAAGAAGAACAGACUUGAAUGUCGUGCUAUUUCUAUGGGUCAAGGUCAGGAAGUUCAUGCUCGAAGACUUUUACAACAAUUUAUGGCUGAUGGUGGCUGGGUGCUCUUACAGAACUGUCAUUUAGGAUUAAAUUUUCUUGAUGAACUACUUGAUACAGUGUUGACAACUGAGACUGUGAAUGCCAACUUUCGGUUGUGGAUCACAACUGAAGAACAUCCCAAAUUUCCCAUCAACUUUCUCCAAUCCUCCAUCAAAUUUACGAAUGAGCCACCUGAAGGCAUCAAGGCAGGACUCAAGAGAACAUAUGCUGGUGUAACACAGGAUCAGCUCGAUGUAACAAACAUGCCUCAAUGGAAACCCAUGCUCUACGCUGCCGCAUUUCUUCAUACUGUUGUUCAAGAAAGACGAAAAUUCGGUCCCCUUGGAUGGAACAUUCCUUAUGAAUUUAACUCUGCUGAUCUUGGUGCUACGGUGCAGUUUAUACAGAAUCAUUUAGACGAUAUGGAUGUGAAGAAGGGUGUUUCGUGGCUUACUGUUCAUUAUAUGAUUGGUGAAGUACAAUAUGGAGGACGCGUCACCGAUGAUUUUGAUAAACGAUUGUUAAAUACAUAUGCGCAUGUGUGGUUUACGGAUGCUCUUUUUGACGAAUCAUUUAAGUUCUACACUGGUUACCAGAUCCCACGGUGCGCUCAAAUUGCCGACUUCAGAUCUGCUAUUGAGGAGUUGCCGCUAACGGAUACACCAGAAGUGUUCGGACUUCAUCCUAACGCAGAUAUAACAUAUCAAGCUAAAACAACGACAGAUGUCUUGGAGACAAUUGUUAAUAUUCAACCUAAAGACAGCGGUGGAGGUGGUGGAGAGACACGUGAAACUGUCGUGUUCAGACAGGCGUCGGAAAUGCUCGAUAAACUCCCGGGAAACUACGUACCUCAUGAAGUAAAAGCUCGUCUUCAAAAGAUGGGGGCAUUAACAUCAAUGAAUAUUUUCCUUCGACAAGAAGUUGACCGUAUGCAACGUGUUAUUUCAACAGUACGAAACACUUUGGUGGAUCUAAAACUGGCUAUUGAUGGUACUAUUAUAAUGAGCGAAAAUCUCAAAGAUGCCCUGGAUAAUAUUUACGAUGCAAGAGUUCCAGGACUUUGGAAAAAGAUCUCUUGGGAGUCGACGACUUUAGGAUUUUGGUUCACUGAUCUUAUAGAAAGAAAUAAUCAAUUCUACAGUUGGCUUUUUGAGGGAAGACCUAUUUGCUUUUGGAUGACUGGCUUUUUUAAUCCUCAGGGCUUUCUUACUGCCAUGCGUCAAGAAAUCACACGUGCUCAUAAAGGUUGGGCUCUAGAUUGUGUUGUUUUGAGCAAUGAUGUUACGAAAUACAUGAAAGAAGAUCUUACGUCUGCACCUGUAGAAGGUGUGUAUGUUUAUGGAUUGUUCUUAGAUGGCGCUGGUUGGGAUCGUCGUAACUGCAGGCUCGUUGAACCUCAAGCAAAGGUACUAUUUACAAAUCUUCCUGUCGUACAUGUUUACGCUGUGAAUACCACAUCGGCAAAAGAUCCACGUUUAUAUGAAUGUCCAGUUUACAAGAAACCUCGAAGAACCGAUCUAACAUACAUAUUCUGUCUGAAUUUGAAGACUUUACAACAUCCUGAUCACUGGAUUUUACGUGGCGUUGCCUUGCUUUGUGAUACAAAGUAAGGUUAAAGACAGAGCAAGAUUUUUGUUGGGACAUAUUUGUGAUUUUUGUUUUAUUUCACUGCGAAUUUAACUGAGAGAAACGCGCAAUUUUUACUUUAUACUUACUGAGAAAUUGUAAUUACCUGUAAAACAGGUAAUUUUUAUAUUGUUUAAUUGUGUUUACAAUAUGUUUUUUGAUUAAAACCAAAGUAUAUGAUA